UGAGGGGGUGCAGCACUCGGCCCCCCCCCGCUCUGGCACAUCCGCUGCGCGGGGCAGGAAGUUGGGGGGGCCUCCCCCAUCUCGGAACGCGCCCGCAGCAUCGGGACCCGCUCUGGCUGCACCCACUGAUGGCUGCCCCGCGCUGGCACCCGCUGCUGCUGGCGCUGGCGGGGCCGGCGGCGGCCGGGGACCCCGCGGUGGCCCGCAAUGACCGGGCGGUGGCCGCGCUGCUGGCGCUGCUGCUGUGCCUGGCGCUGGGGCUGGCGCUGGCCUGGCACCACCUGUGCCGCCUCUCGGCCGGCCGCUACCACCCCCGGCCCCUGGGCCGCCGGGCGCUGGAGCUGCUGCGGGGACAGUGGCACCGGCUGCGCUCGCCGGGGGACCCCGCCGCGACACUCGGGGACGGCGACACGGAGGUGGCCGUGCGGGACGAGGAGGAAGAGCUGAUGCCCUGGAGCCUGGAGCGGCGGCCGCAGCAGGAUGAGGGGGAGGAGGAUGAGCAGGAAGAUGAGGAGGAGGAGGAGGAGGAGGAGGAGGCCGAGGCAGCGCCAGAGGGCGGGGAGAGCCCCCCGAGUGAGGGGGAGGUGGCGGGGGGCAGCGCCGAGGCCCUGCUCGGUGACCUGCACGCCUUCUCGGGGACAGCGGCCUGGGGGGACGCGCGGCCGCACGUCACCGCCUUGUGACAUCAUUGUCCUGACGUCACCACCCUUUGAUGUCACCUCCCUGCGGUGCCACCUCCCUGCCAGCCAAGGGACCCCUUCUCUGUCCCCUGCCCGCCCCCAGCCGAGGCUCCUGAUUGGCUGCAGGGGCCCUGUCCGGGUUUGCACUGACCAAUAAAAGAGCAGCUCGGGGG